CUCUCUCUCUCUCUCUCUCUCUCUCUCUCUCUCUCUCUCUCUCUCUCUCUCUCUCUCUCGGAAAGCAGUAUUGUCGCGCGAAAAACGGAAAAAAGGACAAACGCAAAUUAAUCAGACUGAAAAAUUCUUAAAAACUGUGGAUACGUGAAAUGAGUGGAGGUGGUGGUGUUGGUGGCGAUAAAUUAUGUGGUGUUAGAUGUUGAUUAGAAGAAACAAUAAAUAAAAAAAAAAGGAGGCGGGAAAACUACGCACAUGAUAAGCACGUGUUAAGACCGGAAAAAAAAAAAAAAAAAAAAAAAAAAAAAGCUAUGAGAUAAGAGAUGUAUAACAGGUGCGAAGGAAAAUGUAAAAAACGAAGAAAUAAAACGAACGGAAAAUGAACUGACACCCAAAAAUGAAAUAUGAAGAAAAUUAAAGUAAUGUAAGAAAGAGAAUUGCAUGAACGCAAAAGUUAAGUAUAUGAAGAAAAAUAUAUCAUUGGAAUCAAGCGAAAUGAACGACGACUUAAAAUGAAAAAAGGAAAAAAAGUUGCGUGCCCCGUAAAUGAAAAAAAAAAAGUUAUAUAAUUAAAAAAAAAAUACAACAUUCUUUCGCCACUAAACCGUUUAAAUUUAUCUAAAGGAAAAAAAAAAACUAAGCUUAAAAAAUCUGAGACAACGUACAAAUUAUUAUUAUUAUUAUUAUUACCAUUAUUAUUAUUAUUUACUCAGGUGUUAUGUGAAGGUGUUCAAUGGAGCGACAGGUGAAAGGUGUGUUAGGGAGGCGUGUCCAGAAAGGCAACCAGCGAUAAGGAGCAUAAAGGAACAGACAGGAAAUAAAUAUAUAUGAGAAAAGAACAAAAAAAUAAAUAAAGAUGAAAUAAAGUCCCGGAUACAGCGAAGAUAAAAACACGUGAAUGAAGCAAAUAUAAGAGAAAAUAAAAGGAAAAAUAAAAAUAAAUGUAAACGAGUAAGAAAGAAAAGAUAGAAGAUGGAAUAUCGUCACGGACACAGCGAAGAUAAAUACACGUGAACGAAGAAAAUAAAGAGAAAGAGAAAACAAAAAUGACAUAAAUCAGAGAAAACAUUAAAGAAACAAAACAAAGAAAACGAGUCAACGCAAACUGGUGAAAAAGGAAAAAAAAAAAAAGGAGGCAACACGAAUCAGGAAAACCCCAAAGAUAAAUAGAUAAUAAACAGUAAAUAAGGAAGGACGUAGACAGGCUUUUAUCAUCUACAGGUGAGUAGGCCUAAUUAUCACCUGCCUACCUGUAUGGCCUCCAAGCCCCGGCAACUAAACACACCUGUCCAGACCGUGUAGGCUUGGACAGGUAGAGGAAGGAUAGGCCUCUCCACCCAACAGCUCAGGAAGAACAAAAAACAAGAACAAGAGCAACAAAAAAUAAGACAAAAAAAAAAGACAAAGAAAAAGAAAAAACAAAAAUAGAACAAUAAGGAGAAAAUAAGAAAACAACAACAACCACUACCACCACCACCACCACCACCACUACUACUACUACUACUACUACUACAGCAAACAUGGCGGCUGCAAUAUUCCAAGGCGACAUGGCUGAGCUCUUCGUUAAAUAUCUCGAAGGCAGAAUGGUGGGCCUGGCGGUGCCGGAGCUGUCGGGCGUGGCCGAGGUGGGGGCGGGGCCUGAAGUGGGGGAGAACGGACCCCCUGACCACGCCCUCCUGUACCAGGGGGGCGCCGUCACCCUCAUCCCUGCAACGCCCUCCCAGCUGGCCUCCCGCGGGUUGGUCCCUUACCCCCACGUCUACCUCACCACGGAGCACGCCCUGGCCCUCACCCGCGCCCUGGCCACCCUCCACGCCCACACCCUCAUAGACCGCCACACGGACACGCACUCAUCCUUGACCUCGUUCGACACACCCAAGGAUGAGCCGCAGGACAUAUUUUCACACCCUGCCGAGUUGGAGGUCCCCCUUGAGUCCCAUUCCUUGACCAAGUCCGAGGGGGAGGGUGCCAAGCCGUCCCAGGUGGAUAAGUGGACGGCGCAGAUCUCACAGCUAUCAGUCGUGGAUGCUAACCUGGCUGUGAUGGUGGACGCGAUGGGGGCCACUCGGGGCAGCGAACGCACGGUACGCCGGCUGGAGGCUCUGCGCGGCGACCUGCCCACCCUCACACAGUUCCUCCAGUUCGCCUCAGCCAUGCAGACAACCCGUGUGCCUAGCGUGGGGCCUGUGUGCAUCGGGGACGUGUGGGUGCCGGAGGUGGAGGCCGAGGAGGAUGAGGAGGUGGUAGCGGUGCGGCUGCGUGGUGGGUCAGGGCUUCAGGCACCCCCCCUGCGUGAUGCCGCCUGGUCUUGGCUGACGCUGCUCUCUGGGGACACGCUGAGGGACCGCUACAUGGAGCUCUGCGAUGACUACUGCAGCGCCUUCAACAAAGCUCUCCUGCGGCGGGAGGCGGCGGGCACGGCGGUGGAGGAGCUGUCUUACUUCGACGUGAUGCGUGACUUGGGGGAGAACUUCUUGCAUGCCUUCCUCACCGUCAUCCACAAGUUCGUCGUCUCCGGCAAGUGGUUCUUCGACCGGCAGCUGCACACAGAGGAGGGUCUUGCUGCCCUUGUUGAUCUCGUCAGCUUCCUCGUCGAUAAUGGCAUCGUGGGGUCGAUUUUUGUUGUCUGAUAACUCGCCACACCAUCCCCAUCCCUCUUUCCCAAUAAGCCACCUUACUUAUCUCCCCCUCACCCCCAUCCUUCAUUCAUAUUCGCAAAGCCAUCCGACCGUUCAUCCCUCCCUCUGUACCUUCCUCCCUUAUUCUUCAAAUAAGGCACCUCACCCUCCCUCACUCCCUUCUCAGACAACCUCCUUACCCUCUCCCUGCCCACACAACCCAUGUCAUAAACCGCUGCCUCACACAAACACACAUACGUAAUGCCCUAAACCUCCCCCUCUGCCUCUAUCUACCUUACCAAAGACAGAGCUUGACUUCUCUCUCACCCUGCCGAUCCCUACCACAAUACCCUUCCUCACCCUGCCACUAUCCAUCCCUUCCUCCUUUUCUUCCUCCCCACCAAAACUAACUCACAUUCCCCUAUCUUAGCCAAGACAGACCAUGAGGUUGAAGGGAAACAUAUCAUAGAAUAGUUGAGGCAAAAGUUCUGUUAAUUUUAGCACAAUAUUUUUUUUUUUUUUUAGCCUUUAAGACAACUCUCAGCCAUACAUACCACACACACACACACACACACACACACACACACACACACUAAGUAUACAAUAGAUAUUUCUCUUCCUUCUUUCUCUUCUCUUCUUUCCCUCCCUCCCUUAAUUCAUACCCAUCAUUCCUCCAUUCCACAAUGAUAAACAAGCAAACAAACAAAUGUAUAAUAAUUACUCUCAAGCAGUAUUCAGGUGUGUGUGUGUGUGUGUGUGUGUGUUUUAAGUGCCACUGAAAGAGGAAAAUAGAAAAUAUGACUAGAAAAAAAAAAUGAGUGAAGACAAUGAUAAUGAAAAAAAAAAAUGUAGAAGAUAUAAGAAGAAUAUUGAUGAAAACACUGACGAUGAAAUGGAAACUAAAGAACACAGACAGAUAAGUAGAUGAAAAUAUAAACAAACCAAAAAUAACAAACACUGGAAAAAAAAAAGAUAAAAAAGAUAGAAGAAAAGGAAACAACGAAAGCGAAACAAUGACAAAUCAGAAGAAGACAACGAAAACAGGAAGAAAAAUAUGACCUGUCUGUGGCUAACAUUAACAGUAUUAUUUUUGUUUUUCCACCCACAAAGAAUCAGCCUCCAUCCAAGCUUAUGUGUGUGUAUGUAUGUAUGAGAGUACGUGUAUAUUUUAAGACAAUGAACAAUCUCCUACAUAACCAACGCAUGUACGCAGUCACAGUAAUACAAUGAUGCUAAUAGGGGAGGAAAUAGUUCAAGACUGUACAUAGUAGUGAUCCUUAGAGCCAGUUCUCAGCACGCCAGGUGACUGUGUGCAUCCUCAGUGAUAUUACUAAGAUAACCGGCCGUUACUCAUCUCCGUCACCCCGAGACUCAUCAUUAUUCACCUCUCAUCAUCCCCAUCGCUACUUAGGUUUAGUGACACAUGAAUGAUUAAUGACAAAACUGGACGUAGAUUCCAAACACGUUACCUUCUGUUGUCCUCUCCCUGUGCUUUAUGUACUUUACUUUCUGUUCCUUUUUCCAGUGUUUUGUUUUGUUUUAAUGGCUUUUCGAUGUUUAUUCUGUUUUUUGGUCUUUUCUAAAUGUCCUUUUUUGGUGUUCUCAUCUUACCUUUCUCACUAUACUUCUUUUUUUCUCUCUUCAUAUCUACCCUGUUCCUUCCUACUUCCUCUUUUUAUUCUUUAUAUAGUUGGUUUUUCGUCUAUUGUACAUGUCCUUUCUGCGUCUUAUCAUCCUCUCUUUCUUGCUCUACUUCCUUCUCUCCUUCCCAUGUCUAUCUUUUCCCUUCCUUCCUCCUCCUCCUCCUUCUAGCAUAGGCUCAGUAAGAACACAACCAGCCAUCCACAAAGCAUAAUACGAUCUCACCCAUCCACUCUUUUUGGUGUACACGCUAUUAUGAUUUCCCGGUGCAGGUUACGACACAAAACAGGCCAUGCACUCCACGCAGUAGUCAGACAUAAUGAAUUCCUGAGGUGGUUAGUCCCUUUAAGCAUAAUGUAGAUGUGAAUAGAUAUGCUGAAAUUUUAAAGUGUGCAUUUUGUCCAUCAUUCUCUAGUUCCCUAAGUAGACUAAAGGACAAUGCACCACUAACUAUAACUACAAAAAAGCAUAGGAAACAUUAUUAGCUUCGUCACCCACUCAACGAACGUAAAAACACAAACUGUAUAAUGAUGAAAAUCAAUUCCGUCAACAAAAUGUCAAAUCUGUAUAUGCUAAAUGUGCCUUGUGAAUAUUUUGUCAAGCUUAGUUAGGAAAAAUCUAAUUAAUCAAUGCAAGUAACUGUAACAUCGAAAGUGGACUUGUAACACGCUUCUGAAACUCUGUAACUUAUGUGGUGUGAGAAGUAUGAUCAGAACAAUAUAAAAACAACAAGUAUAACAACCUCCACACAGCUUAAAACAGUCUAUGGGAACCUAUGACAUUUUCAGACCAUUAUUGGCAUUUAUUUGAAGGGAAUACUCGAUAAUCUCUUACACUAGACUAGAGGAUUAAGCAUCGAUAAAAUGUUGGAUUAUCUAUAUUCUGAGAGCUUUCUGAGAGUGUAUAGUAGUUAAGGCCUUAAGGGCAAUGGUGCUGGGACUCUUGGCCUGAUGUAAGCUAAGAUUCGCGUCCUCCCUGCGUUGUGCUGUGCCACCUCUCGGGCAUGGUUACGCGAGCCUCUAUACUUAAGCCUUAGUCGAGUAGGAAUGCUUACCAAUCUUAAUGUAAAUAGUUUAGGUUUGCAUUACUCCAAGAUGAAGAGAAAGAUGUGCACUACUGAGAUAAAUAAAAGAAGGUUCACAUAACUCAGAGAUGAAAAAGAAGAAUGAAAAAAGAUGUUUGUCUAAUUCUAUGAUAAAAAAGAAAGGUUUGAAUUACUCUUGAGAUAAAUAAGAAAGGUCUGGAAUAUUUUUGAGGUACAGAAGAAAGGUUUGCAUUACUUAAAUCAUAAAGAAGAAAGGUUAGCAUUACUUAAAUCAUAGAGAAGAAAGAUUUGCAUAACUAAUAAAAAAAAAAAGGUUUGCAUUACUUGGGCAGAAAACAAAAGAUUUGCACGACUCCAAAAAUAAAAUUUGCAUAUCUCCAAGACAAAAAAGUGAGUUAUAGAUGUGUCCAGAAAAUGCUUGUGUGUAUUUGUGACUGAAUCUCUUGUGUUACUUUUAGCGACAGGAUUUGAGUGCGAAGGACAGACAAUGAAUUGCAGGUGAGUGUCCUUGAAUGGAUGGAACAAAACUUGUAUAGGUAUUUUAAGGCAUCGUGUAAAGAGCAUAACGAUUGCUGUGGGUUAAUGUCGCUGUUACACAAAAGAAUGUGCAACAGUGAAGAUACCAAUAAAAAUGUACGACUAACAA